CCAAACCAAACUAAUCCACACACGCCCUAGGCCGUACCACCAUCACUCCCACAGCAAGCCCCACACUCCCACUACCUCCCUCACUCCACCUGAGCUACUACCUCCCCACCAAGCCGGCACCGGCAAUGGCGCCGCUCUCCCUCCUCCUCCUCCUCCUCGCCGCCCUCACCCCAUCCCCAGCAGCCGCACGCUUCACCUGCAACGCCAAAUCCCGCGCAACAACCUGCCAGGCCCUCAUCUCCUACACGCCGCCACCCAACGCCACCACCACCCUCCGCGACGUCCGCACCCUCUUCCAGCUCCGCUCCCACCGCGCCCUGCUCGCCGCCAACGCCCUCCCCCUCACCACCCCCCAAUCCGCCCCCGCCCCCUCACCCAUCCGCGUGCGCCUCCCGUGCCUCUGCUCCGGCGGCGCCGGCGCCACAUUCCAGCGCCCCACCUACAAGGUCCGCGCCGGCGACACCCUCGACGCCGUCGCGCGCGGCGUCUUCGCGGGCCUCCUCACCUACCGCGACAUCGCCGCCGCCAACAACGUGUCCGACCCCAACCGGGUCGCCGUCGGCCAGGACCUCCGCGUGCCGCUCCCCUGCAGCUGCGACCCCGUCGCCGGGCUCGGCGCCGUCGUCCACCUCACCUACGUCGUGCCUGCCGGGAGCUCUAUUGCGGGCAUUGCCGAGGAGCACGGCACCACCGAGCAGACGCUGCUCCAGCUCAACCGCUUGCCCGACGCCAAGAGCCUCCUCGCAGGCCAGGUCCUCGACGUGCCGCUACGAGUUUGCUCGUCUGCCAUUAGCAACACUGCCAUAGACAGCAACCUCCGCGUCCCGAACGCCAGCUACAUACUCACAGCCAACAACUGCGUCAUGUGCGGCUGCAGCUCCAACACUUGGCAGCUGGACUGCCAGCCGACACAGGGGCUAACAUCAGCCGUCUGCCCGGUGGCGAAAUGCGGAGACCUGUUCCUGGGGAACACGUCGGUGACGACCUCCCCUGCCUCGCCCUGCGAGGGCACGGCGUGCCUCUACGCCGGAUACACCAACACCACCUCGUUUGCCAUCCUUACGAACCUCACCUCCAGCUCCAUGUGCGACGCUGCUGGGUUGUCGCCGGCCGCGCAACCGUCCCACUCAUCGGCGUCCGGAUUGGGGUUGCCGGCACUCUGGAGUUGGUCUGAGCUUGUCGUCGGCAUCCACAUUGUUCUGCUGUGCCUCGGGUUUCUGCACCGUGAUUGAUUGAGAAGCGAUUCAGAUUCUUGCUUUCUUAGUAGCUGGACUUGUAGCUUGUAGUUCUGUUUUGUGAGUGAUUUGGGAGUUGGGACUGUGUGGCUUAAGUUUGUAGCUUGUUUGUAUUUACAAGUGGAGACACUAGGGGAACACUUGUUUUCUGUUAGAAUGUAGAUCAGAUCAUGACACAUUGGUGGUGCCAAAUGCUCGCAGGGUAUUUACAGUGCUUGGUUUUA